AUGCAUAAUCACGAGGCCUUUCUUAAUUUCACCACAAAUGAAACCAUGCUGAAUGCAACCAACUCGUCGCGUUCCCAGCCACCGCUGGGAGCUUAUGAUAUCUGUGAAAUUACCAAUCUAAUUCUAGCGGUACUAUUUAACAGCACAAUUUUACUUAUCUUACUGCACCAGCCUCGCGAAGUCGCACGAAAUCCGUUCCUAAUUUACGUUUUGAAUCUGCUAAUUGCAAAUCUCGUGUUUUUUAUCUGCUAUACACCGCUGGACCUUGCUGUGGAUGAUAUGGCUGAUUUUUCGUUUGGAUUGCCGGCCUGCUCAUUUUACCUAUACGCACAAUAUUGCGUAGGUAAUAUCAGUAUUUUCGGCCAUCUACUGAUCGUGAUUAACCGCAUCUGGGCCGUUGCCGCACCCAUUCAUUACAAGCAGCAUCACACAGUCCGCAUAACCACUAUUCUGUGCGGCAUCUCCUGGAUUAUCAUGCACGUUAUCAUAGUUCCGGGAAUCGUUUUUAACGCCACGCUCUUGUCCAAAUCCAAUAUGCCGAAAGGUUGUGUUGUGGAUGUCAUCAACAGCGUUAUCCUGAAGACAUGGAACACUUUUGCCCAGAUGGUGCUGGUAAUUAGCGAGAUAAUUAUGCUGGCUGGAUGCCCUUAUAUCUUGCGGAAGAAGCACGGGACGCGUCAGAUUGCAAAAUCGGCAGACAGUGACACCAACGACGGCGCUAGUUAUACCGCAAACAAAGACACAGUAGUGAUGAAAGUGUACAAGAGAAAAGCUGAUGAGAAUAAAGAGACUUCCUGGUUGCUGCUGCUACUGACUCUUUCGGUCUUCUUCUUCUGGACCCCGAGUAUGAUUUGGUACAUCAAACUAAGCUUUUCCUCAAUUUAUGAUCCAUAUGUGACACAAGUGAUUAACCUUAUUUUCAACUUCCAAGCUGUUGUUGACCCUAUUGUAUUCACCUUGGCAUUUGAUAGAAUACGAAAAUACUUUGAAUACAAUCCGUGUACGGGUGUGCAAUAUUUUGGAUGGUGA